GAGUGAAGUCCCUUGGCAAUGUCCAAGCACCUGCAAUAAGGAACAAUAACUUCUAGCAUUAAAUUCCCUUUUCUAUUUGAUAGCUGUGCGCAGUUUACAGUUGACACAGUUGUGAUGAUGGGAAGCUCUUCAUGAUGAAAUUGUGAUUUCACAACAAUGAGUUUUCAGAAUAAUUACAGGGUGCUUUGACUGAAGUAAAUGGUAGAAGCCAGUUUGCUGACAGCACAAAAACUAUAUGAAUAAUGGCUGAAGAAAGUCCUGCAUCCUCUAGCCGCUACGCCAAUCAAAGACAUGAGUGUGAAAUAUGUCACAAAGUGUUUUAUCGCAACGAUGUUUUCAAAUGUCACAUGAGGAUACACUCCGGAAUCAAGCCCUACCCUUGCGAUGUAUGUGGGAAGAGAUUCGCACACUACGGCAACCGCAAUCAGCAUGCAGCGACUCACAUAACAUCAGCGUCCUUCAAGUGUGAGAUGUGCGGAAAGUCCUUGACCUCAAAGAUCUAUUUAAAUCGACAUAUGAAAAAAUAUCACCCUGACCAAUAUACUCCAUGUAAACGAGGACAAGUCCAACCGGGGAGAAGAAACACCAAACAUUUCUUUACACAAAUUGUCCCAGAUGUGACAAAACAAACAGAAUCUCAAGAUUUAGUGACAUCAAACGAGGUUCGAAUAUACCUCCCUCCAACACUGACAGACUCUGAACACAAGGAUUCCACUUUGGUUUGUACAAAUGAGCCCCUCGCUGGUCAAGGUGCAGUGUUUCAACUGACGUGCAGCUACUGUGGCCAGGAGUUUGAACAAAGACACAGGUAUCAACUCCACAUAAUGAUGCACGAACUCGAACAGGGCAAAACUUGUAGUUUCUGUCACACAACAUUUAGCAGUCUGGCUGAGAAGCGAAAACACGAAAUGUCCCAUACUGAGAAAGAAAGAAACGUACGGAAAUAUAAGUCACCAUUAAUACUGGAGAAACAUACCCCGAAGAACGUCCCCAGUGAACUACCUCCACAACCGAUCUCCUUUCCGACAGGUUUUUCUCCUGAAGGGCUGAAAGUGGUGGGCAUUCUCUGCAGUCCUACACCAGCCGCCAGUCCAUGUGUUUCAAUGGACCAGCAGCUGUCCUCUCCAUCUUCAACAGAAAACAAUCUUCAACAUGUAUCUGAACAAGAUUUGUUGCCAGAAAGUUUGAAAGUGGAAUUCUUACCUGAUGAUUUGGACAACACUGCUGACAAGCUUUGAAAGAUAUGUUUAGAUUGCAUUGAUAUUUCUUGGAUUAGUGGUAUAUGUUAGUCAGUAGACUUGAAGAAAAUGUAGCAUCUUGAUACUUUCUGAUAUGAUUACUGGUCAAAUGGCCAAUAUUUAUAGCAACUUGCCCAAAUGUCCUGAUUCUUGUUUCCCUGUUUCUGCUUCUUGCAGUUAGGAGCCCUGGGUAAAAUAGACUUUCAGAGUGGCCAUGCCCUCCAUACAGUGAGGACAGUCCAGCUUUAGUGUCAUCACUGCACACUCUAAAGAUGGUUCAUCAGUGCUGUAUGCUCUCUGUGGUGUUACUGGUAUUUGACGGAUUUACCAAAGAAUUCAUGUGUGCAAUCUUUGAACAAGUACUGCAGGAGAGAAUAGAUUUUUAUCUCUUCUGAGGAACUUUGUACUGAAAGAUAAAUUAAGAGAGGUCAGUUAUAAACAGGAUAUUAUCUUGGAUUUGAUACCAAUGCAUGUACAAAUUGGGAUAUAUGUUAUUAAGAAUUUUUUACUUUUUUUAAUUCAAGGGUAUUCUAAUAUUAAAUUCAAUGUAAUUGUGUAGCACUAAAACAUUCUUUGUUCUGUUUUCAGUUCAAUACAAAUCACCUGUUCAGAGCUCAGACAUUAGUAGUUAGUUUGAUUAAUAGUCUGACAGAGCUACAGAUAAGAAGCAUAUUUGCAUAAAAUACCCCCCCAAAAUAUUCAAACCCAAUUACUUUCUAUCAACUUGCAUACAGAAAUUCAUGCAUUAAAUGAAAACCUCAAAUGUAUAAAAACAGCAUGUGUAAAUACCCAAUGAAGUUUUUCCUGCAUUUGUACAUGGGAGCUAAUUUCCGAAACACAGUUAUAAGCUAGUUUACUUUCUGAGUCAAGCCUAUAUAUUUAGAACAGUUUUAUACAUCUAAAACAUUAUUUCAUUUUUUUAAUCUUAAUAUGUUCACUGAUUUUGGGAAAAACCCAAUAGAGGGAUGAAUAGAUGAGUGAAAAAAUAUUGGUUACCCAAUGAAAAAUGUAAUAACUCAAUUAAUUAGAAACCCUAGAGUAAAAACUCAAUUACUCAAAAAGUGAUCUGGAGCUCUGGUCUGAAGUUGGACAUUUUUAGUUCCAAUUUGUAGUUAGAAUCAUGUCGUUACAUAGUUUUACACAAGUAGAAGUGGACAUGUGCUCUUACAUGUCUGACUGUCAGGUGUCAGAUCAUUUCUUUAUUCUGCGUCAUAUAUAUGCAUUCAUAUAUUUUAUAUAUAUAUAAGUGGUUUCCACAUGUUAUAUUCUAUGUCUCUAAAUGUUUUUUAUUGUUUUAUUGUGUGCUAAUUGUGCAUUGGCAUUAUUUUGCAAGUGGGUGUUGCUAGGUUGGAGAUAAUACCUCAUGUCUUUGUUGAAGUUUGGCAUUGCCAGUUUACAUGACAUGUCAAAUACCGUAUUUUCUUGUGCGUAGUGCUCACCCAAGUAUAAUGUGUACCCCCAUCUAGCGGAUUCAGUAUUUAAAAAAAAUAAAUUAAUAAUAUACUAAGAAUAUAAUUACCCCUUCUGCGAAUUCCAGUAAA